CAAACACGCGUUUGAUAACCGUACUAACUCCUUGUAUUGGAAAGUUCGCCGGGCAUUUCCUCCACGAGUUAUAUAACUUUGCAAGUAGCCCAUAUAGAUUGGUUGACUAUGAUCUUAAUGUACGCUACGCUCAUGGUAGAUAUUUCUCUCAAUAUCCCAUGCUGAAUUCUGAAUACUCUGAAUUAAACGAUGAAGAUAUAGUUGAGCAACCAAUAUCCGUUACAUCACCAGAUCAUAGGGAUGAACCGAAUGUAGCGAAUACGGAUGAUGAAGAUAACGAAAAUUCCCCUUUAAUUGUUAUGUCGCCGUCACAUACACUUGUUCCGUCAGAAGUUAUUGAAAUUAAUUCUGCUUCUGGGGAAUCUGGUGUUCAAGUUAUAAAAAUUGAUACUGAACCUUCUGCAGAAACAGAAAGGGAUCAGCCGUUCCAGCCCAAUCAUCAACCAAACGGUCCAAGUAUGACACGGCUGAAUGAGAGUCAAAUAAAUACUGUAGAGAACAUCAUUAAAAAUAGUUCGUCAGACGAUGAAGCAAUCGAAAUUAAUACCCGUGGUACGCAAACUACGGGUACAAAACCAGCAGUUGUUAUGAAUAAGAGGAAAAGAAAAAUUGAAAAACCCAAGCUUGAGAAAAGAAAAAAGUAUGGUGAUGAAUUUUGAAGUGAGGUUCGACUUGGAAGCAGAACUCGAUCAAGUUCAGAGUCUUCAUUUACCGACGCAAACUAAAUUAAAUUAAUAUCUCC